AUGGGCUCGAAGUACGCAGGUGUAGCCAUGACGUGCCUUACGAAGAGUACACCCCUCCAAAAGAAGACGGAGGAGGUUAGGAAGGAGUUUUACGAGGACGUUUUAUGUCCUCUGCAGGAGAUAAUGGACGGAUUCAAGAAGAAGAAACGAGUGUAG